AUGGACCUAAAGGUAGAAGCGGAGGAGUCGGACAGAAACCGACCCCCUCCCAUUGAGGUUUUUGCGCACAAUUCGACCCUGCACGGGAUUGCGCACAUCUUCACCUACGAGCGGGUGUGCGUAAAGCGCUGUCUGUGGGUCGUGUUCUUCCUGGGCUCUCUGACCUUUUUGCUGUACGUGUGUGUGGAUCGAAUCCACUUCUAUCUGGAGUAUCCGCACGUCACCAAACUGGAUGAGAUCAUGACUCCGAGUAUGGUGUUCCCCGCUGUCACGUUUUGCAACCUGAACUCGUUCCGCUUCAGCCGAGUGACGCGCAAUGACCUGUACCACGCAGGGGAGCUGCUGGCUCUGCUCAACCAGAGGUAUGAGAUCAGAGAUCGGCACCUUGUGGAGGAAAGUGUGCUGGAGGCCCUGAAGGUCAAAGCAGACUUCCACAACUUCAAGCCACGUCCUUUCAACAUGUGGGAGUUCUACGAUCGGACUGGUCACGACAUCAACGACAUGCUGCUCUCCUGCCAUUUCCGCGGCUCAGAGUGCAGAGCGGAGGACUUCAAAGUUGUCUUCACGCGCUAUGGGAAGUGUUACACCUUUAAUGCGGGGGGUAACGGACGCCAGCCACUCAUCACCACCAAGGGAGGGAUGGGUAAUGGAUUGGAGCUCAUGCUGGAUAUUCAGCAGGAUGAAUACCUCCCUGUCUGGGGGGAGACAGAUGAGACUUCGUUUGAAGCUGGGGUCAAAGUUCAGAUCCACAGCCAGGAUGAGCCUUCCUUUAUUGACCAGCUGGGUUUCGGUGUUGCACCUGGGUUCCAGACAUUUGUGUCCUGUCAGGAGCAGAGGCUGAUAUACCUCCCCCCACCCUGGGGUGACUGUAAGGUGACUCCGAUGGACUCCGACUUCUUUGAGAGCUACAGCAUCACCGCCUGUCGUAUCGACUGUGAAACACGCUACCUAGUGGACAACUGUAACUGUCGCAUGGUGCACAUGCCCGGUGAUGCACCGUACUGCACCCCUGAGCUGUACAAAGCCUGUGCCGAUCCAGCUCUUGACUAUCUGGUAGAGAGAGACAAUGACUUCUGUGUGUGUGAGACACCAUGCAAUGUGACCAGAUACACCAAAGAGCUGUCCUUUGUCAAGAUCCCCAGCAAGGCCUCUGCUAAGUAUCUUGCCAAGAAAUACAACAAAUCUGAGAAGUAUAUUGCUGAGAACAUCCUGGUUUUAGACAUCUUCUUUGAGGCCCUCAAUUAUGAGACUAUCGAGCAAAAAAAAGCUUACGAAGUAGCUGGACUUCUAGGCGAUAUCGGUGGUCAGAUGGGACUUUUUAUAGGAGCAAGUAUACUUACUAUUCUGGAGCUUUUUGACUACAUCUACGAGGUGGUGAAGCACAAGUUGUGUAGCUGCUCCAACAAGAAGCACAAACACAAUAACAACAACGACCAGGGAACCGUCCUGAGCCUGGAUGAUGUCAGGUGCCACGUCACUAACUUCCAUUAA